AUGAAAUUGGGACCCCAACUGGUGUCCCUGUGCCUCCUGUUGGAGCUAGUCAAACAACUCCCUGUACCAGGAUUACAGUCUGAAACUUGUACAGAAGUGGUCUUCCUGUGGUCCACUCAAUGUCCUGGAACAUUUGGGAACUUUUUAAGACUUGAAUGGUGGUCUGCAAAAUUGGUGUCACACAAUGAAUUUAUCUGGGAACAGACUGAAGAUCUGUUACACAUGGGCUCAUACUAUAUUCUGGAUAUGCCAUUGCCCCCCAUUAUACCCAAACUUUGCAAAAAAAGUCCAGAAAAUAUGGGGGCCGCAUGUUAUAAAUGUGAUGAAUCAUCACACACAACAGGCCGUCCAAACUGGGCCUAG